AUGAUAGGAGAGGGUCGCGACGAGGCCGCUCGCCUCUAUGUUCCCCCGCUACUCGAAGAUGACGAGAACCCCAUCAAUCCGGACGCUUCCGAGGAUUUCCCGCCGCCUGAUGUCGAAGCCGGUAGCGCCCUACCCAUCUGGUUGCAAGAGUCGUCCAAAUCCUUUCGCUGGCGCUGGGUACCGCUACCCUUGAGAAAGGCCGGUCGCGCAACUGUGAAUUGGAUCAAGGGACCUGAUCCCCCACAUAUGCUCUUGCUGAAGCCGCUGUUCCCGCGUCUGCAAGAGCUGCCAGUACAGUACCUGGAACACUUCUUCCCGAAGCGAAAGCAAAAGAUAGCGCUCUUGCUACUGCUCUACACAUCGUGGUUCCUACCGUGGUUCCUGGUUCUUCUGCAUUCGCGCUCCUCGGGUUAUAUCGAAGGAUACGGCCAGCUACAGACCCUCUCAUGCGCUACGAAUUUCUGGGCAUUUGACAACGGAUGUGGUCUCAAUGGAAACGACUGCCGUCCCUUCUCUGCCUCGACUGUGGCUUUCCGAUGCCCCGCAAACUGCCGUGAUACAAAGCUGCUAGAACCGCAUGUCGUGGGAAAUCAGACCUUCAACUACCAAGGCCUCGUGGUCGGUGGUUCGCUGCCGGGGUCUGACGAUCGUGCGAUCUACCGUGCUGAUAGUUUCGUCUGUCAGGCUGCCAUUCAUGCUGGAGUUGUCUCGAACGAUGGUGGCUGCGGUGUUGCGAAGCUCGAAGGCGCGGCGCACUCUUUUCCGUCUGUGAAACAGAAUGGGAUUCUAUCAGAGUCCUUCCCGUCAACAUUUCCCAAGUCCUUCAGUUUUCCCGAACUCUCCUCAUCCCAAUCGAAUUGCCCAGCUGAUCCGCGCUGGUCGCUUCUCGGGGUGACUGGUGCGGCAGUCGGAAUCCUGUGGCUUUUCUGCACUUCGCCCCCUGUCCUUUUCUUCAGUGCAUUUUUCAUGGUAUUUUGCCAUACAGGUUUGGUCGCUGAUCCGCCAUCCUAUCCUUAUCUGUCCGACCUUGUUUCUACUCUCCUUUCUCGACUGUUGCCUGCAGCAUUUGUGAUUUACGUUCUAUACAAGUUCUGUGCAGCUCCCCUUCUCCAGCCGAUAAGAUCGCCUAUCUAUCAACUGGAAAAGCUUCUUUUGUUUCUCCCGAUGCUUUUCAUCGGAGCCUUGAACAAUUACACAUUUGCACGAUUGAUACCCCUUCAGCGUUUGACGCCAAUGGAUAUUCAGCAACAGCCUGGCGCAAAACUGGCCCUUGCCUUGGUCGUUCCAACUGUGCUUACCAUCGUUCUCACCCAAGCGUGGCAAAUUCGACAGGGUGGUCUGCUCCCACGCUACCUCAAGAUUUACUGCACCAUGGGGCUGAUCAUCUUGAUCCUGCUCCCGCUGCCUGGUCUCCGGCUUCGAAUUCAUCAUUACAUCCUCGCCAUUCUGCUUAUGCCAGGCACUGCCUUCCCUACUCGCCCCUCGCUGGCCUACCAAGGAUUGCUCCUCGGUCUUUUCAUCAACGGCGUUGCUCGCUGGGGAUUUGCUUCUAUCAUUGAGACCCCCGCCGCUUUGGGAGAACUGGCCCCAGGGCGUGCAGGUCACGGAUGGUGGGGUUCCACAUACCCCAACGUCACUGCUUCUUCUGUUCAAGUUUCAUUACCAGAGCCAGGGUCCAGUUUCACGCACCGCGGCAAUGGAAACAUCACCUUCGCUCUAUGGGAACACGACCGAAUGACCGACCUCGCCGUAGAUGGAAUUUCUGUGCUGCUCAAUGACGUGGAACGCUGGCGUGGCUAUCUUGAUGAAAAUAAAGCAGGCGAAUUCACCUGGCACCGGCAUGGUCAUGAUGGGCUGGAGCUGAGCAAGAUGCCAUUCCUCGAGCCUCGUGGGGUCGACAGCCUUGAACUUGAGGCCCAGUCUGUCUUGCUAGGCAAUGAUGAUUCGGACGAAGAUGACGAACCCGAGGUCCUUUUUUUCCGGUUUGCUUUCUUGCGCGGUGCUGAGGCUGGCAUUUACGGCCCUGCUGGCGUUUGGGCUAACGACGGGACAUGGGUUCCACCGCGUUCUCCCAAACAAUAG